UUAUGUCUACUUUCCCUUACUCCAUCCAGCUUCAAGGCCCUAAGUCUUGCUUCGACAAUCACACAAAAGUCAAGGAUCACUAGACAGUAACAAUUGGGAUCAUUGGUCUAAGGUUAUUGAAUCAUCAACAUUCAACAAAACUAGAAGAUUUUCAAGCUUCAUUUGAAAAUGGCACCUAACUUUGAUGAUGGCGAUUCACUGUACAACUUUGUUGUCAGAGAUGGCAAUGGAGUCAAAGGCAUGGUGGAUCUUGGCCUGGAGAAGGUGCCAGAGCAAUAUAUCCAGCCACAUCAUGAGCGCAUAGACAAGCUCAAAGCAAGUUCCUAUGAUCGACCACCAAUAGAUUUAUCAAUGCUUGAUGGACCUCAGCAUAGCCAAGUGGUGGGAUUGAUAGCUGAGGCAGCCGAGAGGGUUGGUUUCUUCCAAGUUGUGAACCAUAGGGUGCCCAUUGAAGUUCUGGAGUCGGUUAAGAGCGCGGCACAUGAGUUCUUUGGACAAGCGCCUGAGAAGAAGGCGGUGUAUCGGAAGGGAGUGAGCCCUAGCCCAUAUGUGAAGUAUGGGACGAGCUUUGUGCCUGAGAAAGAGAAAGCAUUGAAGUGGAAGGACUAUGUUAGUAUGGUGUAUACGAGCGAUGGCGAAGCACUUGAAUUUUGGCCUAAUGAAUGCAAGUAA